GGCGGUUCUUAGCUGAAGCACGCGGCUAAUCAGUUCGUCCACAGAGCUUGGAGUGAAUGAUUGCGUUGGCUCCGACAGUCAGAUCUCUCGCAGUGGCCAACCAAUUCGCACUCGUGCCUCCUCGGUAGCGUCUUUAAGACGUUGGAACUUGCUCGAGACGGUAGUGUUUUGCUUUGUGCAGUGUUGUUGUGCCUCUGGUCUCCCCUGUCUGGCAAGUUACGUGCACGAGACACAAAGGCUUCUUAUUUAAGCACAUGCAGUCCUGCUUGGAACUUCACCACCCUGAUGAUGGUUUCACAAGGUGUCCGCGGGGAUCACCCCUUGCCGUGUCCAUCAAAGAGGAGAACAGCUUUGUGGAGCCUGGAUACCCACUGACCGCUGCCCUUGGUUCCCCGCCCUCGUCAGGGUCAAGCACAGGGUCGGGGAGUUUCUAUGGUGGCCAGCACUGCUACUUUUCCGGCAAAAACUUUGAUUCCUUCAAUACAGUUCCCAGAUUCGGAGUUCUUGGAGGAUCGGGCUCUAUGUAUUCGAAAACGGCCUUGGUGUGGCCUCCUCCUUCGGACACUUAUGUUAAGUCAGCUGGUUUUACAGGCGCCAGCCCAGCUGCUUCCGUGCGGCCAGUGUCACCCUCGUCUGGCCUGGUACAUUGGAUGUCCAUGAUGGCUGACCAUGCUCACGUGAAUAUGCCCGCGCACCCGUCGCCGCAUGACGUCCACUACAUGUGGAAUGGCGUUGAG